AUGGUACAAUUGGAAUACGAACAGGGUUACGGGCAAGACGAGUGCCCGACCGAGCAGCGGGUUGUAAUAUCUGGCCUCGCCUGGCCUGCGCAGUGCUGCGAGCGGGAGGAGCGCGAAAAGGAGACAGAAGAUAUGGCAGCGCCCGAGUGCGAGCGAGAGGCGCGCAAGCGUCGCGAGCGACGUGACUCGGGUUGUGCGCAUGAGCGCAAGGAGCGAAGACCACAUAGUGAAGAACGGCUACAACCACCACCUCCUCCCCCGCCAUUACAUGACUACAAUAGACUAGAGUCUGAACGGCGAGCCGAGCGUCUGUCUCGUGCACGUCGACCACAGUACGGUGGCAAACGUCGCCGUGCACCAGUCCGCACCCUCAAGCACCCCAAAGAGAACGAUUAUUACACCACAGUAGAAGAGCGCUGCGCAACCCCUCCCUCCUCCGACUAUAGCCCCAUACAGAAACCACAAUUAUCUGAUGAACCUGAAACAUUGGAUGCUGGAGCUCUUCAGCGUCAAGUUGGCCGAACAGUCAGUAUUGAGAGUUCUGAGACCGUCGAUAUCGAAGCAGAAAGUGCGCGAGCAGCGGCGGCAGAGAAAGCGCGGCGCGACGAGCGAAGCACCGCACCACGACCACACACGCGCCGUGACCAACCCUGUCCAGACAUAAGGCUCGAUAAGAUCAACAAGAAGAUCAGUGUCUUGAAAAAGAUUAUAGCCAAGUACGAGAGCGAAUACGAAGCAAACAGUGGCCAGGCGAUAACACCCAGCGAUCGCAUCACAGACGUACAGUUGACUCGAAUGCAUGAAACCCUACGAAGACUUCAGGCGGAGAAGCGUUGCAUCAAAGCAGAUCCAGUAGAAUAUGCCUCGAAAGUACAGGCCGCUAAACAGCAGAAAGAGCGCGACGAUAAACUAGAUAAGGCCCUGAAAAGUGAAAAACCAAUGACAGAUAUUGUGCGUGACAUAGAAGAGUGGCUAGACGGUUGUCGACAAGCGGCGGGUCGGUCGACAGUGUCCGAAGCUGCAUGGUCUGCAGCCCAGUUGGCAGCGGAAAAGUUAUGCGUCCAACGAGUGUUACUGCGACUGGAAGCGUCCAGAGGACGGCCGCCGGCUCACUCCGCAGACAGGGGAGCCGCCAGGCAUCUCUACGAGCGAUACAGGGAUGUCAAACGGGCACUAGCUGCAUCGAGACCUGAUGCGGUAAUUGGAGGCACUAACGGAGAAUUGGCGACGAUCCAUGAACAUGAGACAAUGCUGUUUAACUCAAAUAGCGUCGACAGCUCCAGUGAUUCCCAAGAAAAGCCAUCAGACUCCUCCCAGGACACUGUAGAAACUCCUUUGCAAUCUCCUCCGGUUCGUGAUGUCAGUAUCGUCGGUGCAGAAGAAGUAGCUUCAUCCACGUCAUCAGCUCAAUCAGGAACCACCAGUGAGGAAGCCACGCCCUCCAACGAAGGUCUGCAUUGCCUAGGCCUUGAAGAUCUCGCGAAAGCACUCGCUGAAGCUAAACUACAGAAAUGCGUGCUUCGACGCAGCAUUAAAAAGUACGAGCUGAGUUUUGAGCUACAGAACAGCAGGAAAGUGCAGAGGGAUGACAAGAAAGGUCACGAGGAGGAAUAUGUACGGUACAAAGCCAUCAAGGCCAGGAUAAAAUUAAUUAACGCGCUUAUAAACAAACAAACGAGUUCGUCAUAAACUUGUCAUUAUGAUGUGUAGGUACACUAUGGGAGUUUGCAAACACAGUUUGGAAAUGGAUGGAAAUAUGUUAGGGUUUCGUCAUUUUUGUUUGUCAUCUUGAGUUUAGGAGAUCGUAUAUACGUAUAUUGAAAACAAACGGUUUGGAUAAAAAAUGUCAGUAAGAAAUAACUUAUGCUGUAUCGAUAGAUGCGUUGUAAUAGUUUAUAAUGAACUAUGAAAUAGGGCGGAUCGUUGUUUGCUAAAUGAGAGUUGGCCAAAUGUUAUGGCUUGAGAAAAUCCUAAUGUGUAUCUAUUUUUGACAUGAUUGACUAAGCGUCGCGUCGUUUUCUUUUGUUAUUGAUGACUGCUCUGGAAAUAUAUCGCACACCUAGAUCUGAACUGAGACAACUCAAAAAUUUGAGUGUGUUUUGACUUAAUAUUCAAAUACUCGGUGAUCAUACGCAUCUAUCCAAUAUUACAGAUUCAAUGAAAUGAAAUGAAAAUAUGUUUAUUCAAGUAGGCUAUUCAAGCACUUUAGAAUCGUCAAAAAAAAUUUUUCCCCUACCCCUUGUUCAGGACGUCUUUUAGCUGACAAGAAGAACAAGCGAAAGAAACUUACCAGCUCUUUAUCAUACGUAAUGACAUUUACAUAAAUCAUGUCAUUACCAAAAUAAUAUGUAUUAUCACAAUAAUAAAUACAACUUUCAAAGUCUGUAGGACAUAGGUUGAACAAAUAAUUAGUCUUUAUAGAACAAAG